ACAUUUAUUCGUCAAAAAGAAAUUCUGCAAAAUUCGGGCGCUACAUCCAUAUUAUUUACUUGAUAAUUUUUUUUAACAUUGACCAAUUAGUAAAAUGUCUGAUGAUAAUGAAAAACAAGACCAUUCAAUCGCAUCUUCUGAAGAAGUCAGUGGGGAUGAAAAUAACGAAGAGUCAGUUUUUAAAGUUCCUGAAGCUAAGGAUUCAGCCUCAAUAGAGAAAGAGCAGGAGGCAAAGCUGAAAGCCAAGUAUGGGCAGCUGGGAGGCCUUGUCAAGAAACCAGGUGGAGGAUCAGCAUUUCUUCAAAAACGGCUCCAGAAAGGGCAAAAGUACUUUGAUUCUGGUGAUUACAAUAUGGCCAAGGCAAAGAUGAACAACCCGAAGCGACCGUUGGCUGCAAAGGAAAAGCUGCUUCUGCAGGAGAGCAUAGGAGGCGCAAUUCCCACGCCAACAGAGGUGGAGCACAUGCGCCGCCCAUCACAGGUGGCAAGCAAACUGGUCAUAGAGGGUGGUGAUGGACAACCAUAGACUACCUCUCCUGACACGCAACUGCCAGUCUUCUUAUUCGUGGAAUCAUGCAAAUAACAGACUUGCGAAACUAUGAAAGCUACAAGACGUAUUAAAAAUCAAGAUGUUUUGUGAAAGUUCAGUUAGUUUAAGCAUGACUGUUGUCCCAUUUAACCAGACAUGAAAUUCUCUGUGUUUUAAUGGACAUUUGGAAUACCUUUGCUAUCAAACAUUUGUGUUUGUUUUUUAUAUCACAAUUGUAAACAUUGAUAACAGAGUAAAUAGUAAAUUAAGCAAAUUUCAGAAAGAAGUUAGUUUAUGGUAUUUCUGCAGUAAUUGUUGUAUGUCCACUUGUAACUUAUGUUUGUGGAAAGUGUAGAUAUUUUGUUGUAUUAAGUAAAAUUUGAUAUUAAAUUGUUGUCAUAUGA